CGUGAAAGCAGACAAUUUACAUUUAUCCAUACAUGUUCAUGACAUUUAUGCCUAGCCUACAAUCGGACUCGCUAGAGUUCCUUCACGUUAAAUGUAUGCCAAUACCAUAAGGUAAUUGCGUUCAUGAAAAAAUAUAGAAAUAUUUUCUAACACUUCACCACUGCGAAAUCAUAAUCUAUCCAAGUAGCCUUGGGCCAGACAUCAAUGUUUGAGAGUCAAAUGGUCACGGAUGUUUUUAACAAAUAUCCAGAAGACGAAUUUCUAGUUGUCAUUAUUCAGUGACUCCUUUCGUAAAAGAUUGGACCUUUCUUGAUCACCUCAUUUCUUCACCACAAGGUUGCACUGUUGGGCUCCUGUUUACAGUGUUCUGUCACAAUCCAUGGUGAGGUUUGAGUUCGAGCCCGUCAGUGGAACGAUGGCAUCACAUGUGAAACUGAAGAGAGACAAAGUGGGCGCACAGGACUACGACGCCCAAAUCAAAGAGGUGCGAUCUCAGCUGGUGGAGCAGCUGAGGGUGUUUGACCAGCAGCUGGAGCAGAAGACACAGGUGCUACAGGACCUGAGUGACUACCUGCGCAGGCGGGGGGAGAUCGAGGCCGAGUAUGCUCGCUCCCUGGACAAGCUGGCUGAGCGCUUCAGCUCCAGAAUAAAGAGGAAGGAGCAGAGCGGUCAGUCUGUGCUGCAGUGCUGGCUGGUGCUCCUUGGUCAGACCCGGCAGGAGAGCCGCGACCACGGCGUCAUCAGCGAGAUUUGCAGCACCAGCCUGCCCCAGAACCUGUCCCUGUGUCUGGAGCACACACAGCGCUUAGCCAAACGGACUAGAGAGGCCUGCAGCACGGUGCAAGAGGAGCUCCUCAAGGUCACCACAGAGAUGCAGACCACGCUGAAGACCUACCACCAGUACCACACGGAGUUUCUGUCUGCAGAGGGGAAACUGAAGGAGGCAGAGAAGCUGGAGGAGAAACCGAAGGGGACGGCCAGAAAAGUGGAGAAGCUGAUCGAGAAAAGACAGGGGAAAGUUCAGGAAAUACAGUUCAAGUGCACUAAAGCCCGCAAUGAAUACCUGCUGAAUCUAGCUGCUGCCAACUCGUCAAUGAACAAGUAUUACCUCCAGGACAUCUCUAACCUCAUCGAUACUAGCGAUGUGGGUUACCACUCGUGGGUCUCCCGGGUGCUGCGGGGCUUCAUGUCAGGCCAGACCCGCGUGCAGCAGAGCCUGGGGGGCCAGCUGCAGCAGCUGAGCGACGUCGUGGCCACCCUGGACCAGGUCAAGGACCGGGACACGCUGCUGCAGGCCCACGACAGCACCUUCUGCCUGCCCCUCAGCUUUAAGUACUUGCCCCACGAGGGAGACCCGGUGUGUGAGGUCAGUGCAGAUUGUGACAUGCAGGAUGAGCUGGAAACUCGUUGGAGACAGCUGGAGUCCAGACUUGACAGUUUCACCAAGGACACAGAAGGGAUCAGUGAGACACUACAGGAAGCUCGCUCUAUCAUGCUCACCUUUAUUGGUGAUGAGGACUUGGGUGCUGUCCAGGACCACGCGGCUAGCCAGAGCCAGGAGCCCAGCUUAGCCAAGCGCAGAGCCAGUCUGCAGGAAACCGAGGGGGCCUACUUCACAAAAGUGAAGGAACAACUCCACUUCACCUCCAUGAUAUCCAAACUCCAAGCCAAGCAUGACCUUCUACAGGUGGCCCUACAGAAAGCCAAGGCUAAUGGUGGGAACGAUGCCAGCAUGCGCACUAGAAGGUCUCUGAGACACCAGCGAAGCAAUCGGAGGAGUCAUUCAGGAGCCCAAGUUAACCAGAAGCUCUUCACUGGAAACCUGCUCUCUUUCAUCCAGGCUUCCAAGCAGGACAUCCCUAUUGUGGUGAAGAGCUGCAUUCGUUUCAUCAACCUGAACGGUUUGCAUCAUGAGGGGAUAUUCCGUGUGCCUGGGCUGCAGCUGGAGAUCAACUCGUUGAGAGAUGCCUUUGAGAAUGGUGAUGACCCGCUGGCAGAUGGCGUGUCAGACAUUGACUCUGUGGCCGGCGUGUUGAAGCUGUACUUCAGAACUUUGGAGCAGCCACUGUUCCCUGAGGAGAGCUUUAGCCAGCUGAUGGAGUGUGGCUUAAUUGAGAAUGAGUCUGAGAAAUGUGCGCAGAUCAAGGCUGUCAUAUCUUCCUACCCCAAGCCUGUCAUCGUCGUCAUGAGAUACCUCUUCGCAUUCCUCAAUCACGUGUCGCAGUACAGCGACGAGAACAUGAUGCAGCCCUACAACCUGGCCGUGUGCUUCGGGCCCAGCCUGAUCCGCGGCCCCGAGGCCGGCGACGCCUCGGCCCUGCAGCGGAUCAACGCGCUGGUCAAGAGCGUCGUCGCUCAGCACGAGAGCAUCUUCCCCGGGCCGGCCGAGCUACCGGGCCUGGCCUACGAGAAGUGCAUGACCCUGGAGCAGGACGACUGUGAACAAAAUGUUGACGAGGCAGAAGGGGAUCUAGACAGCCCUUCAGUGAGAGAAGACCUGGAGGCAGUUGCACUUUUCGACUACACUGCCCGUUCAUCCACUGAGCUGUCCUUCAGGAAGGGAGAGCAGCUCCUCCUCCACAGCAAGCCCUCAGACGAGUGGUGGCGGGGAGAGGCCAGUGGCACCAAGGGGCUCAUACCACACAAGUACAUCAACAUCACAAGCAGUCUCGAGGCUACUAAAAGAACAUCUGAUAAGAGGAACAGCACUGGAGAUCUUGACGAGGUGGACCAAAGCCCACGACUCAAGGCCUGCCGUGAGAGGGCCGGGUCACUCGGGGUCAGCGGCGCCCACGGAAAGGCCUCCCUGUCCCUGCCAAAGGCCCACAUCAUCCGGCCAGCGAAAUCCCCAGAUGUCAUUCGGAAGCAUUUACAAGCACACGGCAGGAAGUCCACUGGAGGAGAGCUGGGGCAGCCAGACAACAUGGUCAUUAAGGUGGACAAAGAGGUGUGUCAGCAGAUGAACAAUGUCUUCCACGAGCUCCUCUCCCGGCACCCCCUCAUCGAUCCCCCCAUCUCCAAUUCCUCUUCAUCCGGAUCUAUGGCUCCCCCCUCCUCUCCCUCCCAGUCUCCGUCUCAGACCCCUCAGAAGAGGACAGGCUUCGGCCGGAAAGGGAGAGAUCAGCAGAACAGAUAGCCACGCUCUAACUGACCAGAGGAAGACAGAAGCAGAGAGGAGCCACUAAACUUAGCUGACAGAAAGAGGAGCACACAUUUCGCAUGAACCAAGAAAAAGGAACUUGGUAACAAAGAUCAGUUUGACUGAACCAACAUGCAGAGUGUGACUGUUUCAUUUGUUCAGUUGUACCGACUGGCCUGAACUGGAAGCGUUUCUUUUGUGAGACACAGUAGAUCUAUCUAAGGGUAAUCGGAGUGGACCCAUCCCUUGAGUGACACCCAGUGGUUGUCUCUGUGUACUGAGAAUGCAAUGACCGUAGAGAAUUAGUCUAGUCACUGGUUCAGGCAACUUUAUCAACUGGAGGACUGUUUUUUUGGUCUCCUGCAUUUACAGUCACGUACAGAAGACAGUUGUGCUGGUUGCAACCUUUCAGAUGCUCCAAAUCGCCCGAUUGUGAUGAGGGUUCUGUCAAGCGCCUGGUGUGGUAUGAAUCUAGAGCCUCGAUGUAAUGGAGGCUAUAUUGAGUACACAGUGCUAUGGUGGCUUUAUCUCUUAUCUGUGGCAUCAGGAUGACAUCAGUCAGACCAUCUCUGUAGUCUUUUUUUUUUUUUUUUUUACAACAACACUUCAUGAAUGCCCAGUUGAGAUUUAUAACUCCCAGUGCUGGAUCUAAUGCAAUACUGUAUUUUCUGGUAAAAAAAUAAAUUAUGUGGAUUGGAAUUGGUUGUACCAGUCUGUAAACUGAAAGUUGGAAAUAAAUUGGGAGUAUUUAUA